AUGAUUCAAGACCCUACAAAUUCGCCCCGUCUCGAUGCUCUAUCAUCUAGAAACAAGGAAAAUGCACCUGGAAAGCUCUUCAAAAAAUUCAAGUGCCCAUCUCUAAUAAUAUCAGAAAAGCGAAAGGAAUUGCCUUUAAGAAAGCGACCUAGGAUUAAUUAUAAUGAAUUUGGAUCUAGCGGCAAUGGAAAUGAUUCUGCCUAUGUGACAGAGGAAAGAGCUGGUCUAGCAGCUAUUAAAGAAGCUAAUCAUAUUGUACUUUCACAAGAAAGGAAAGAUCCAGGUACGGUAAUAAAAAAACAGUUUUCUGUACCAAAACCGAUUAAAGGACAUGAAGACUUGUCCAAAGUUAGUUUCAGUCGGCCACCGCCUACAUUAGGAAUGAAAAAAAGAACAGAGAUUAUUGCUAGGCCACUUUAUGAUCCUGCUGACGAAUUUGCAAUUGUUUUAUAUGAUCCUACUACCGAUACUCAUGAAGAAGUUCCCGAUAUCAAAGAAUUUUUGACAAAUAAACGUAAAAUUGAGCUGGAAGCAAAGUCCAAAAAAGGAAAAAAGCAAAUAAUUGAAAACCAGUCAGAUACUGAAGAAGAAGAAGCUAAUCAAAGUAAUGACUCCACCGAUUGUUUUAGCCAAGAGAAUUCCGAAAAAUCAACCGAGUCAGACUCGACAGCAACUGGCAAAGGGAAAUACAAAAGGCAGAACAAAAGCUUAAAAGACUUACUUGGUAUUCAAAAAGAGAAACCGCCACCACCACCUGUACCCGUUGUAAUCGACCCAAAGUUAACUCGCAUUUUACGUCCACAUCAAAUAGAAGGUGUGAAGUUUUUAUACAGAUGUGUUACAGGGCGCGUGGAUCGUGGUGCGAGCGGCUGCAUUAUGGCAGAUGAAAUGGGUCUCGGUAAAACUUUGCAAUGUAUUGCUUUGCUAUGGACUUUGUUGAAGCAGUCUCCUCAAGCUGGAAAGCCAACUAUCGAAAAAGCAAUCAUUACUUGCCCAUCUUCUUUGGUGAAAAAUUGGGCCAAUGAAUUAGUAAAAUGGUUAGGAAAAGAUGCGAUCACUCCUUUUAUUAUUGACGGAAAAAGCUCAAAGCAGGAGUUAACUGUAGCGUUGCAACAAUGGGCUCAAGUACGAGGUCGUCAGGUUACCAGACCAGUUUUGAUAUCUAGUUAUGAAACCCUUAGAGGUUAUGUUGAUUGCUUGAAAAAUACGGAAAUUGGUGUAUUACUGUGUGAUGAAGGACAUAGAUUAAAGAAUAGCGACUCUUUGACAUUUACUGCUCUAGACAAAUUAAAUGUCCAAAGAAGAAUUAUUCUUUCGGGUACUCCUAUUCAGAACGACCUUAGUGAAUACUUUUCUUUAUUAAAUUUCGCCAAUCCAGGCCUCUUAGGUUCACGACCAGAGUUUCGAAAGAAUUAUGAAAUCCCCAUUCUACGUGGACGUGAUGCUGAUGGCUCAGACAAAGAUAAAAAUAUCGGAGAUGAAAAAUUGGCUGAACUGGCGAAAAUUGUGAACCGGUUUAUCAUCCGUCGUACGAACGAAAUUCUUUCUAAGUACCUUCCAGUUAAAUAUGAGCAUGUAGUUUUCUGUGGCUUGUCUGACUUUCAAAUGAAGCUCUACAACCACUUUGUUACGUCUCCAGAAAUUAACAAAAUUAUAAAAGGAACCGGUAGUCAACCGUUGAAGGCGAUUGGCAUCUUGAAAAAGUUGUGUAAUCAUCCUGAUUUGUUGAACAUAUCGGAAGAUUUGGAAGGUUGCGAGUCGUUGUAUCCUGCUGGCUUUACUCCGCGUGAACUUCGUGGUCGUGAUCGUAGCAUCGAUUCUUCCCUCUCUGGAAAAAUGUUGGUGUUAGAGAGAAUGCUUGCUCAAAUUAAACGAGAAACAGACGAUAAAAUAGUGUUGAUCAGUAACUAUACUUCGACAUUAGAUUUGUUUGAGCAGCUCUGUCGAGUGCGAAGUUAUAAAGCAUUGCGUUUGGACGGUACAAUGAAUGUCAACAAACGUCAGAAAUUGGUUGAUAAUUUCAAUGAUCCAGAAAAAGAUGCAUUUAUCUUUCUUUUAUCUUCCAAAGCCGGCGGUUGUGGUAUCAACCUUAUCGGAGCUAAUCGAUUGAUUUUAUUUGAUCCAGAUUGGAAUCCAGCUGCUGAUCAGCAAGCCCUCGCAAGAGUUUGGCGUGAUGGACAAAAGAAAGAUUGUUUUGUCUAUCGUUUUAUCGCGACAGGCACAAUUGAAGAAAAGAUUUUCCAACGUCAAUCUCAUAAGCAAUCCCUUUCAUCUUGUGUUGUUGAUGAAGCUCAGGACGUUGAACGACAUUUUUCUAUGGAUAAUCUUCGUCAUUUAUUUCAGCUUAACGAAAACACUAUUUGUGAAACCCAUGAAACCUUCAAGUGCAAACGCUGUCGAAACGGAAAACAAUUUAUUCGGGCUCCUGCAAUGUUGUAUGGUGAUACCAGUACUUGGAACCACUUUACUAAUCCUACUCUUGAGAAAAUUGAAGAUCACUUAUUAAAGCGAGAAUGCGGCAAGGAUCAAGUUACUACAGUAUUUCAGUACAAAUCCCAUUAG